CAACAGGCAUCUUUCUUCGCCUGCUCUCUCUCUAUCUCGAUAACAGAAGUAGUUCUCUUCUGGACUCUCAAGUCUCACCCACUCUUUGCCUCUAUCAGUGAUACCAGUAUAAAUACCCACCGCUAGAUUGAAGCAAGCAAGAGUAGAGUGGUGCCAAAGAGCCAAAAUCUCAGAGGAUUUUCUCCCAACAAGAACCCCUUCUUGCAUUAGCUACAAUAAAGCCAGCCAUGGAGGUGAAGCAUCAGGGAAGCACGUUGGUGAUGCCGGAGAAGCGCACCAGCCGGAAGAUCCCACUCAACAUCUUCGACAGGAAGGCCUCAGAGCUCCACAUCUGCGUCCUCUUCGUGUACGACAACCCCGGAACCUCCCCCAACUCCGGCAUCAUCCUCGGCCUCUCCAAGGCCCUCUCAUACUACCCCCAGCUCGCCGGCCACCUCUCCGGCGGACACAUCGUCAUCGACGACAACUCCGGCGUCCCCGUCUUCGAGACGACGGUGGCCCGUAAGCUCGAGGACUUCCUCCCGCUGGAGCCCUGCCCUUCGCUCUGCGACCUGCACCCGCCGCCGGCGGCCUCGAAUCCCAUGCUCAUGGUGCAGCUCAACCGGUUCGAGUGCGGGGGGCUGGUGAUCGGCAUCUGCGCCAGCCACUGGAUGGCGGACGGGCAGUCCAUGAGCAACUUCUUCCUGUCCUGGUCUCAGCUGGUGAGGUCGCCGGAGAUGGAACUGGAGCACCCGCCGGUCCACGACCAGGAGUUCUUCCUUGUCCCCAGGAACCCGCCGGUCUGCAGCUAUCCGCACGAGCGGAUUGAGUUCUCAGACGCCCCCCUGGUGGGGGACAACGGGGACGUAAACACCAUGGACAACCUCAUCGUCAACUACUCGUGGGAGUUCAUAAGCGAGCUCAAGGAGAGGGCUUCUUCCGCCACGGCCACCAGGCCGGCCGUGCUCAAGCCCAGCACCUUCGCCUGCCUCCUCUCCCACGUCUGGAGAAAGGUCAGCAUCGCUCGCGGUCUGCGCGACGACGAGGUCACGCGCUUGAGGCUGCUGGUGAACGGCAGACCCCGGCUUGGUAUCCCCUCCGAGUACUUUGGGAACCUUGUGCUUGACGCGUACCCGUCCACCAGGGUGAAGGAGCUCCUCAAGGAGGGAGUUGGCUAUGGUGCAAGAUUGAUCAAGGACGCCGUUGCAAGAGUUGAUGCCGACUACUUUCAAUCUUUCAUCGACUUUGGGGAGCUGAACAAGAACAAGGAGCUGGUGGCUUCACAGGAUGUGGAGGACAACUUCGUGAUCCCGAACCUGGAGGUCGACAGCUGGUUGGGUUUCCAAUUCCACGAGGUGGACAUGGGUUCAGGCGCGCCCUGCGCGUUCAUGCCGUCCUGGAUCCCCAUGGAAGGCCUCGUCAUCUUCGUCCCUGCAGCUUCUCACGGAGCAUUGAAGGGCGGCAUCAACGUCAUAGUCACCCUGUUCAAGGAGCACGCCAAGAUCUUCAAGCAGAUUGCUCAUUCUAUUGAUUAGUUGACGCCCCGAGUUGAGCGAUAUACAUGUCCAUAACAUAUAUUUUGAGCAAUACUACAUACGCGCACAUAAAAGUUUUUGGCUUUCCUUCCCCUAAAAGUUUUUGGCUUUCCUUCCCCUUGUUUCAUGAGAGGCCUUUGUUGAGAUCAAAGCGGCAGUUCUACAAUGAAUUGAAUUGAUCUAUGACUCAUAUUUGUGGGCAUCUUUGAGGC